GGAGUCCGGAGCUCAGGAAUCGGGGCGGCUAGGGGACACGCACGGGGGGCGCCGUCCGGGACUCGGGGUGCGUGGCUGUACGCGGCCCACGUGAAUUCGCUGCACGUCGUGGGGAACCUCCGGGUUGAGUCUCCCCUCUAGAAGUAGGGGACUGCCGGGAAUCCCCGAACCGGACCCCCAACUUCGAGCAAACUUUGUAGGCGCGUCUCCCCUCCCCCACGCGGCGCGCCGGGGGCCCCGGGGAUGCGGCCCCCUGGCUGCCGCGACGUCCCCUCGGCGCGCCCCGCGCUGCCGCUGCUGCUGCUGCUGCUGUCGCCGCUGCUGCUUGGGGCGCUGCACGGCGUGGGCGCGGGCAGCGGCGCUCCGGCCGAGCUGCGGGUCCGAGUGAGACUGCCCGACAGCCAGGUGAUCGAGGAGAGUCUACAGGCGGACAGCGACGCGGACAGCAUCAGCCUUGAUCUGCGCAAACCCGACGGCACUCUCAUCUCCUUCAUCGCGGAUUUCAAGAAGGACGUGAAGAUCUUCCGAGCCCUGAUCCUCGGGGAGCUGGAGAAGGGGCAGAGUCAGUUCCAGGCACUUUGCUUUGUCACAAGGCUGCACCACAAUGACAUCAUCCCCAGUGAGGCCAUGGCCAAGCUCCGGCAGAAAAACCCCCGCGCAGUGCGGCAGGCUGAGGAAGUGAGGGGUCUGGAACAGUUACAUAUGGAUAUCGCUGUUAACUUCAGCCAGGGGGGCCUGCUGAGUCCCCAUCUCCACAACGUAUGUGCUGAGGCCACAGAUGCCAUCUACACCCGCCAGGAGGAUGUCCAGUUCUGGACAGAGCGAGGUGUGGACAGUUCUGUUUUCGAGGCUCUGCCCAAGGCAUUAGAACAGGCGGAAUUACCUCGUUGUGGACGAGUUGGGGAUCGAGGAAAGCCCUGUACUUGCCACUACAGUCUGAGCCUGGCCUGGUACCCAUGCAUGCUCAAGUAUUGCCACAGUCGUGAUCGGCCAGCGCCCUACAAGUGUGGCAUCCGAAGCUGCAGGAAAAGCUACACCUUUGACUUCUAUGUACCUCAGAAGCAACUGUGCCUCUGGGAUGAGGACCCCUAACAACAGGAGACAGAGGACCAAGAACGGAUACUUGGGCCUGCAAAUUCUUCGCUGACCACCAGAGAGCGUGGCAACCCAAUCAGGUCUUAGGUCUCUUCCUGAGCCGCUGGCCCUGAAGCCACAACCUCAUCUGCAUGACUGUGAAAGGGUGUCACCGCAACCUUGAGGCAGCCCUGAUGCCCACCUGUGCCCAUCUUGAGGCAUUGGGGGGUGGGGGGGGGAGGCAGUUCUCCAGACGGAUACCCUCCCCUCUUCCUUUCACCUGAAAUGUCCCGCGAAGGUGGAAUCAAAAUGCACCGGCCUAGGCCUUUAUGGAACUUGUUCCGGAGGCAUGGCCCUGUAGCACACUAUCUCACCAGCAAGGGAACCAGAGAGGGACAGCUGGGGACUCGUGCCCCAGCUCCUGUGUCUGGUUACAGUGCCUUCUCUCUACCCUGGGGGCAACGGGGAGUAGGGAUGCUGCCUCCAAGACCACCGCGUGUGCCUUUCCUGAGACCCAAUUUGGAUACUUCAGCGGGCACCGAUUCUUCCUGCCCCUGGACUGAUGUACUUUGGUCAGGUUCUGGGGCAGGGAGGGAGCAUGAAGUACAAGGAAAACUUGAAUUCCAGAUUUUUAAUGCAAAAUAUUUAUCAUUUGUACCAGAAAUAAAAGUCUUUUAAGUUUUCACUCACCCUAUGGCGCCAGCUUAGGCUUUCGGAGAGAACUUUGUCCCGUGCUGCCACCUAGUGUCAGAAAUGUGCCUUACAUGGUUAGUGCCAGUCUGGGCAAAGCAACUUCUAAAGGUCCUAUUGUGUGAUCUGUGAGAGGCUCUGUGCUUAAGAUGAUGGAACAAGGGAGCUGGGAAGGACUCAGUAGUUAAGAGCACGUGCUGCUUUUUUACAGAGGACCCAAGUUCGAUUCCUUACAUCCGCUUCCAGUGUGGGGAGUGUCACGGACACCUGUAACAUCAACAUAAUGGAGAUCGGCCACCUUUUAUGGCCUCCAAGUGCUCUAACACAUAUAAUAAAAUUAAAUUAAUUUAAAAUUAAAAACUAGGGACUUCAGGAUGGCUCAGUGAUUAAGAACACUGGCUGCUCUUCCAGAGAUCCCAUGUUCCAUGCUCAAGACCCACAUGGUAAAUCUGAUGCCCUCUUCUGGCUUGCAAGAGACCUUGUACGUGGAGCUCAUACAUGCAAGCAAAACACCAGUGGAAACACAAGUAAGUUAUAUAAAUGAUGAGGCAAGGACCGAAGACAUAGCUCAUUUAUAGCGAAUUUGCUCAGGAUGGGCAAGGCCAUGGUCCUAAUGUCCUGCAC